UGCUAGGCAACGAUACAUGACAACAAACAUACAAAGCUGUACUAAGCUUCCUUUUCUCCUGCGUUCAUUAAACAGAUUGGAUCAUUUAACGAGUAUCUAUGACAGUUACAAAUUAGGUGCUGUUUGUUAUGUAGAGUUUAACUAGAAUGUCAUCUGACAUUUAGAACAUCUAAUUUUUGCUAGCUACUUUGUUAGUUUGGAAGAAUGUCCGCAUCCAGUGGCCUUUUCCUUUUAUCAACAACAGGCCAGAUUGAGACAGCAGAGUUCCCUGGCUUUGAUAACAUUUACUGCAAGUACUGUUACAUGUAUGGAUUGGAUUGGGUGGUGACAGCGGGCCUGGAAGAGGGAAUUUCUCAGGUGGGCAGAUGCAGCAAUGAUGAGCGAAGAAUUUUUGUAUGGAACUUCCCCCUAGAGAUAACAUUUAAAAGUACAAAUCCUUUUGGAUGGCCGCAGCUGAUCAUUAGCUGCUAUGGACUAGACACUUUUGGAAAUGAUGUUGUUAGAGGCUAUGGUGUUUGUCACCUUCCUGUCAGUGCAGGACAACACUUCAAAACGAUACCAAUGUUUGUUCCUGAAUCUACAUCACUUCUUCAAAAAAUGACGGCAUGGUUGACAGGACGUCGACCAGAAUAUGUUGAUCCGAGAGUUCUUGCACAAGGCGAAGGAAGAGAAGUGACAAGGGUUCGUUCUCAAGGAAACGUGAAAGUGAGUUUCAAUAUAGUCACGAAGGAUUUACAGUCAUUAGGAUACCAAAAUUCACCAAACAUGACAACAGUAACAUCGGUGGGUGCUCUUUCAUCACACAUGGACAACCUAAAUAUUGAAUAAACUGAAAACAUAUUUUUGUAAAAACUAUAGGUCUUAAAAAAAACACAUGUUUAUUAUUACACACACUUAAAAUCCGUUUUAUAGAACUCAUCAAGGUGGGAAAUAUACUGCCUCAAUGGCAUUUCAAACAGUUAAAAAAUUGAAGUAUACAGGACAAAGAUGUUUGAUUAUCAACAUAAAAUAAAAUUGAAAACAAAAACGAGAUCUACAUACAAUGUACUGCCAUUGCCAAUAUGACAAUAAAUGAAAACAAAAAGUGCCACAGAAAAGAGGCUUUUGAUCUUGUAAGCUCACAGACAGCCAUGUGCCAUGCCAAGAAGCAUUUUGACACACUUCCUUUGAACCUCAAAUUUACACAAAGGGAAAAAACAGGCUUAAAUAAUAAGAUGAAAUAAAAGCAUCCUCAUAAAAAUUUAAAAAAA